AUGUCCCCUAUCCCUAUCAUCCUCCACUUCGCCCCGUCGGCAAGCCCACGAGCACCCGUCUCCUUCUCCUACGCCCUCCCGUCCUCUGCCCCCUCCACAUCAGACGCUGCCAACACCGCAGCCUCAACUUCCAGUCGCCGGAAGGCUACUCGUGCUCGGGUGCUUGCCCCCGGCGCUAAGCAUGCCACUUUUACUCCUCUCCACCGCCCCAUCAUAAACAGGUGCAUCGCCUACACCGCUUCCUUAUCCAGCUCCUCUGCCGAACAUGGCGCCCAUCCGUCGACCGGGCACCCCUACUCUCCCUCCUCGGAUUGGGGCAAUACACGGUCUUUCAAUCCGUCUGAUCUAGAAGUGAUUCGGGACGAGAAGCCGAAAAAGAGGCUGAACAAGGCUCAAAUGAGAGAGAAGAAGGCCAACGAGGACAAGGUUAAACGUCUAGUGCGGGAGCUCAAGGGAGAGACAGUAGAUGAUGAAGGGUCUCUCCCUGACAUCCUCGAGCAGACUCCCACUCCUUCCGUCCAGGGAGAGAGCUAUGAGGAGCCGGUCUCAGUCAAGGGCCAAAAUGAUCUGGCUCCUGUGGCCGGCGAGGAGCCCGACGAAAAAAAUGAAGAGCAUGGCACAGCCCUGCCCACCCCUAUACAAACCGCCCCCCUCGCCAAGCGCACGACUCUGAAGCGCACACGCUCCUUCAACAACCUAGUACAGCAAGGCAAUGGCGUUCAUGCCGCUUCUCCCCUGCGCGCAGUCAUCGGGGCCAAUGGGUACGAGGCCAAUAACGAUCAGCCCCCUGCCAAGCAGCUCCGACGGACGUCCAUUUCCCAUCUCGAAUCACCUAGACGCGACGAGCGACGGGCGUAUACCCACUCUCCAAGUGGUAGCGCGCCAGAACCCUUGCCCGAGUCAGCUAGGUCACCUAGAACUGUCCCUCUUCCAGCCGGUGUCCUCCAGCCUUCCCGCACUCGGAACAGUAGAGCCACAUCUGCUACGCUUGCAUCUGUCGCGGGGGAGUCUUCAGGGAUGAGGAGAGCCAUCUCCAAUGUUUUGCCAGCCUCUGGGCGAUCCGCGAGCGUUGGGUCGGAUGGGGCCCGAGAGAGAUCUCGAAGGGAGGUUACACUGCCUAAUAGAUUGAAGGAUUAUGAUACUUGA